AUGAAUGAAUGCUCGAGAGUAUUUUAUGAUCGCACAAAACCUACUGAUGAACGACCCGAGGUUCUAGACAUCUUUGCCGAUGCAAUUGAUAAUAUUUCUGAGAUGAAGACCAUCGCAUAUGAGACCUUUUGGAGUCAUUUGGAAAAACUGAGCCGCCGAGGUGUUCAAAUAGACCCAGAACUAUCACGAGUCUAUCUCAAUAUUAACCCCGAGGGGGUCCUACUUAAAGAGGCACAUGAUAUUGUCGAAGAACCGGGAAUGAUGGCACGCAUCUAUGCCCAUCAGUUACAAGUUGCGAAUGAUUUUUCAAAAUCUCUGGAAAGUAUGAACGGACGAUCCGAGCCAAUGCAGGAAAUAGCUGAUGUUUUAUGUCAAAUUUUACUGGAGUUUCAGAAGAAUUCAUCCACUCGGAAUGGCCAAAUCAUGAACAGCACAAUGUCUGCUGCAAAGGUCAUAAGAAUUGAUCAAUCCACGAUUGAACGUUCAUUGGACCUCACCGACACCGUCUCGAACCAUCACACAGAAUUACACCAGCUUGAAGCUAGUGCUCGUGAGAUAGCAGACCAGUUACGUGAUCUGCUUACUCUCAAGCAGCAGCAGGCGAGCAUCAUCGAAGCAACGGCGGCACUAGAUCGAGCCGAUGAGAGCGUGAGCCAGGGACGCUCUAUUAUGGCUUUCACCGUUAUUAGCAUCAUAUUUCUUCUAAUGACCUUUGUAAGUAGCGUUUUUGGUAUGAAUGCGAAAGAGUUUACUGGAUCCGAUAACGCCGUUAUGGGUAUUAGGGAACAGUUCGAAUAUAUGUUUCCUGUCUCAAUCGUCGCGACACUGAUAUUCCUUGCCUCUGCAUUCGGAAGGGUGAAGUUAGCUAAGCUAGCCAAGAUUGUUUGCAUUAGCAUCUACCACUCAUUUGCCCUUUCUCUCAUCGCCUACUAUCGAUGGACCAACAAUAACAAAGCUAUGGACGCGGUUAUCAAGAACAUCUAUUCCUUUGAAAAGAGGAAGAAUUAUACGCUAAAGCAGGGGACUAGAGUAGAAGCCGCACACCGAAAACUUGCUGAAAUGAACACGAAGCUGAACAUAAUCAAACGCACAGUUGACACAGAACUGCCGGUUUUGUUGGACUUUGUUACAGGGCCCAUGGAAACUCACGAGGAGUUUUACCUCAAAUAUGGAACCAGGCGCGCCGGUUCAACGAAUGGAGAAAACAUCGUAUGA